AUGCUUACAAGUGUUCUCAAUGACAAGGAAAGUGAUCUUGUCAAUGAAGUAUAUCGAUUGGAUGAAAAUCCACUCUAUCCCAUCUAUAUUAUUUUACCAGUCGAUACAGAAUCAGAAGAAUGGAAAGAAACUGAGAAACAACUAGUCAAUUGGUUAGAUAAAUCGGAUCAAGAUAUAUAUUUAACAACGUUUCAAGAGAAUAUUUUUACAGCUAUUAAACGACAAAUCGAUUAUCAUAUGGCACAAGUUCGGCCGAAAGAUAUUUUGUAUGAAGAAGUUCUCGAAAAUGCCAUUCAAUGUAAAAUGCUCAAUAAGCGUCACUUUCCAUGCGAAAAUAUUUUGACAAAAGUAAAAUCUUUUGUUUUAUCGAAUACAUCACAACCAUGUAUUAUAUAUGGAAAUUCAGGUACAGGAAAAUCGUCUAUGAUGGCUCAUUUAAUCCUCAAAAUUCCAUAUUGGUUUCUCGAUCCAAACUCAGUUUCCGUAAUAAUCCGUUUUCUCGGUACCACACCAUUAUCGAGCGAUAUUCGUCGACCACUAAUUUCGAUCAUUCACCAAAUAUGUGCUCUUUAUCAUAUUGAUCUAUCGCUUUCUCUCAAUGAUUCAAUGAUUGUUCAAGAACUAAAGCAACUACUCGAACAAAUCUUUACUAAAAUUCCGACCAACGAACGACUUGUUCUUCUUUUCGAUUCUAUCGAUCAGUUGCAGACUGAAAACUAUGAUUGUUCAAUAUGGUUACCAGUGAAUUAUCCACAAAAUAUAAAGUGUAUUCUGUCGACAAUUCCAGUGAUCGUUGAAACACAUACAACACAUAAUAAAAAAGAGUACAAAAUUGUCGAAGGAUUAAUGUCACAUUUCAACGAUGCUACUUUUAUAGAAAUAACGAAGUUCGAUGAACAUUUGGCGCAGCAGGUUUUCGAUUCAUGGUUACAACACGAUCAUCGUCGUCUUACACCACUUCAAAUGAAUUGGUUAAAACCUAAAUUAAAAUCCUACAUUCCACCUGAUCGAAGUGAUGAUCCGGAGCCUACUCCUUUGUUUCUCUCACUGUUGUACGAUAUAACUUUGACAUGGUACUCGUUCGAUAAUGAGGCUGAAGAUAAUUUUCUUUCGAUAAAAAGAACAUAUGAUGCUAUCAAAUACUUAUACAAUCAAAUGUCAAAGAAACAUGGUGAAGUUUUAUUUAAACGAGCUAUGACUUAUUUCGUACUGGCUGGUGGAUUAACCGACAUCGAAUUGGAAGAUAUACUUAGUGCUGACAAUAUCGUUUUACAAUCCGUUUUUGUUCAUUAUCUUCCACCGCUUAAUAUUUUCCGAUUACCAAGCAUCUUAUGGAUCCGUAUUCGGAAUGAUAUGCAAAAGUAUCUUGUGGAAAAAGACGUUGACAAUACAUCUGUUAUCUACUUUUACCAUCGUAGUUUUGAACAUUAUAACCCAUUUUCUCGUGAAAUCCCAAAGCUAGAAUUCAUUCGACGUGCUUAUUUUGCUGAAAAUAUUGGAAAUUUUCCAAAUUUGAACGAUCAACCAUUUGAAAUCAAAUCGAAAAAACUUAUCAAAAAGAAUAAUGGAAUUUCUUUGUUUGUUGUUAAUCGAUGUCUUACAAAACAACUACCUUUUCUUCAUUGUUACAAAAUGAGUGAUCGAUUAUUGGCUGAUAGUGUCUAUCCUGAACUUCGAUUUCUUCUGAUAGAGUAUAUGGCUUGUUCGUCAAUUCUUGAUAAAUAUCCAGAUAAUUUUGCAUUCGAAAUUUCUUCUCGAUUAUCACUUCUUGUUGAUGUACUACCCGAGUUUACUUACAAUCUCCUUGAACGAUGUUUGAACAAUUGUUCGGUUCGUAUGUUAAAAAAUGAAACACAAUUGUUUGAUCCAAGCUUAAUUAAAUACAUGGUUGGUACUGUUCACAGUCUUGCCCAGGUUUAUCGUUAUUCCAUCGUACUUUUGACCGAAAAACUUGUCACAAUACGGUCAGAUUCAACGGACUGGUAUAGUAAAAUAAGUGAAUAUGUAUUACCUUCGAAUGAAUACACAUCAAUGAAAGUCUUUUCAAAAUAUCUCUGUCUCUUUUCCAAACGAUCGCUUCUUGUAUUUCGUAAAUAUGGGGAACAAAUUGUCAUGCAAUUGAAUAUUGAUCAUUUAUUAGGUAUUGAAUUCAUAGGAUUUGAUGAACAGGUAUUACUUAUUUGCUCGAAAGACAAUCAAUCGAUCGAUGUAUGGCGUUGUUUUGAUUGGACAUUGUACAAACAAUAUUGGUUCGAUGAACCCAUUGAACAAUGUUCUUUUUUUUCUGAAUGUCAAAGUGCAAUCAUCAAAGUAACAUUUCGAACUGGUAUUAUUCAAUAUUUAUGGGUUGGUUUCUGGAGAGAAAAUUUAAAUGUUCCCAUAACAAUUAAAUUCGAAUUUCUUGCAACACUAGAAGAAAAACUCGGAGAUCAAAGUAUUUUUCUCAAUAAGGAAACAGAUAUUUAUUAUUGUGAAGGACAAUCAUAUCUUCGUUUUUAUUAUUUUCAACGUCCAAAACGUAUCCAAUUAAGAAGAAUUCAGAAUUUACCUCCUCUCAAUCGAAUCGUCUAUAGAUACGAAGAUUGGGGCAUUAUUGUCAACUGUGCAUUGGAAAAUGGUCAACUACGAAAAUACAAUGCCACAAUAAUGACUUACUUGCCGGUUAAAUUUGCUACUCUUCAAGAAAAUUCAUCAUUGCGAGAACAAAUAGAUUAUUUUGAAAUUCAAAAUAAUUUUAUCGUCACGUUUGACCAAGCAAAAUGUGAUGUGAAAUUAUUUACAUAUUCCAAUCGACUAUCAUUUGUCAUGCAUCUUCGUGUGUCCAAUGCAAUUUCUCAAUUUGCUAUUAAUUCAUCAUAUUUACUUGUUUUCGAUUGUAAGAAUAGACUUUCUAUCUAUUCGAUUUGUUCCACACCGAUACUUCUAUUAGAAACAACUGAAUUUUAUAAUGAAUCCAUUAAAAUUCAUUCACUUGCGUCGUCUUUUCUUAUUGUUGAUGGUGACAAACAACAAAUUUUUCAAAUAAAUACUGAUCAUCCACUUGUAUUACGCGCUAUUACUCAUUUAAAAAUUCAGUGUCAUUCCCUAUUGAGCACUGUCGUACCUAAACGAGCGAAAUUAUUCAUUCUAUCCGAUGAUAAUUCAACAUUAACAAUUUGGGAUUUAAAUACGAGAAUCAUUAAAUAUCUUCCAACAUUGAUUAACAAAUCAACUCAAAUCAAUAAAAUAUACUCUCUAUCAACUACUAUUGUCUUUCAUGAUAAUAGACAACGAAUUUAUUUAUGGUAUAUUGAUAAUGGCAACCAAAUAAUCACUUUUGAUCAUGAUCGACUUGAGAAAGAAGGAAAUUGUCUUACUCUUAUCGAUCCUAAUGGAAAUAAAUUAUUUGUAGUUCAUGAUAUCAAUAAAUCGUUGUAUGGCGAUAUUCGAUUGGAAAUUUCACUUGAUACAUUUUGUUUGACAGAAGAUGGAAAAUAUCUAUUUGGAAUAUCUCAGAAAGAAUCAUUGUUAUUUAUGUAUCGAAUUGAUGAUUGGAAAUGUUUAGAAAAAAUAUUUAUCGAUAAUCUCUCACCACUUUUAAAGGUCUCAAACGAUUGUCUUAUUUUGUUACGUAACAAUGAAUUACUCUUAAUAUCGAUCAUUGAUCAAGAUGCAUCCACAUUGAAACGUGCAGCUUUAACUAAAACUGCCGUUAAUUUGGAGUCAUCAGAAAUAAAUAUAAAAUUCGACAUUGUAAAAGCUAGUGUAGCUGAACAUCCUGAAGAUACCAUGUUCUAUGAAGCAUAUAAACAAUUAAAAUCUGAUGCAUCUCAAAUAUUUCGACGAACGGAGGAUGAACAAGUCUGGAAAGCAACCUAUGUUGGUAUGUUUAGUAUCGAUCAAGGCGGAUCCUAUCGAGAUUCAAUAACACGAAUAUGUGCUGAUUUAUGUAGUACAUGA